UUUUGGAUGCGGUUUUGAUGUUGUUCUCGUUUUUAAAUUAAUAUUCAUGAAGAUAUAUGAACGAUUAUAUACUUUUUCUCACAGAUGAUCCCUGCGAAAGUAACCCGUGCUGGAAUGAAGGAAGUUGUGUUAAUUCUUCUGCCGAUUUUAGUUGUAUUUGUGCCCCUGGAUUCAUCGGAUUAUUCUGUGAAUCGCAGAGCCAUCCUCUUGACUUGGUCUUUGUGACCGAUCUGAUUCCUCCAGGGAUUUAUGUCGCACCCACAGACACCUUCAACUUCACUCUCAUCCCGGGUUUAGACGGUAGCCAUGUCAACAUACGUCAACCACGCGCCAUUAACUACGACCCAUUAGAGCGCAUGGUGUAUUGGACUGAUUAUGAUGGCACCUUCUCGACUUUAAAUCGGGCCUUUUUGAACGGGAGUGGAGUGGAAGUUCUCUUUAUGGAUCUUCAGGGUAAGCCGAUUUGGCAUUUUGUGUGUUUGUGCUGGCCCUCGUUGUGCCUAUCUGACUGA